AGUGGUAUUUGUUGACUGACUACAGACUAGGACUGUAAACUGAUAAAAUAAACUAAAACUGAGAAGUUGGUCUGACAAGCGAUGGUGGCGGCUAGUGUUUGUGUUUCAUGUCGUAAUCCUGAGUGAUAAUGUAUCUUCUAAUUUUUGUUUAUCGUCCAAAUAUAAAGGACGCUCAACUUUAAAACAAUUGACGGUGGAAUUUUUUGAAAGUGUCUUUUUCAUUUUGAAAGAAGUGAAUCUCGCGAAAAGAGACAAUGGCGUAGGUAGUAGUCGAUGCUUUGUAUCCUGCUUUGUUAAAAUAAUUACAGGCAGUGAACCGAUUAGAACGCGAAAAAAAGGUAGUGAAAGUGUUAAAAUCAGUGUUUAUUUUUCAAUAAGUGAUAAGUGAUUCCUUUAGCGAUCCAAUUUCAAUUAUUUCUCCUGUUAUUUUUUUUUUAUUUCGGUGUGUGUGUAUACAGUGUUUGUGCUUUUGCUGUGGUGCUCGACGAAUCUAUCAGGAAGUCUAGAGGAAUUAUUAUUACAAUGUUCAGUGAUAUGUGUGGAUACGUCCUCUUCUUACUGUUACUGGUUCCUUACAUCGAAUGUGCUAGUCGACUGAACGAAUACAUUCGACACUUCGAAGUUCUUAAUUAUCCUACUCACGAGGUCCAUCAAAGUCAUUUAAGAGCGAAAAGAUCAGUUACCCGUGACAAUACAGUCUCGUUAAAAUUUAGUGCUCACGGAAAAGACUUUCACCUUCGACUUAAACGCGAUUUAAGUACAUUUAGUGAUAAUUUAUUGAUAGAGGGUCCUUCCGGCCAGGAAGAGGAUCUCGACACUUCCCAUAUCUACGAAGGACACCUUGAAGGUGAUCCUGGCAGUCGGAUUUUUGGAAGUAUAAGUGAUGGUGUUUUCCAUGGAAAAAUUGAGUCACCACGGCAUGGAGCAUGGUUCGUAGAAAAGGCUCACUAUUACUUUCCUUCACAUGAAGUGAAUGAGACAUUACACUCGGUGAUAUAUCAUGAGAAUGAUGUUGGUGAUCCCUACGCUGACAUUCGAACAGGUUCUGGAGGCUGUGGUAUUAACGAAGAGGUGAUACAGUGGAUGAAUAACAUUCAAAAUUCCGGUGAACCUGAUCCUCCACCACCAAAAACAAAAACGAAACCGGAUGAAAUUCCAAAGGUAAAACCUUGGAGUGGAGAUAGCGAGACUCCAAGUCAUAAAUACAGUAAAGAAGCCAAUGAACAUGGUAGUCGAAGAUCGAAAAGAGCUACGAAACCAAAGGAGGAAAAUAAAAAUACAACAUGCUCACUUUUUAUUCAAACGGAUCCUUUAAUAUGGAGACAUAUAACCGAGCAGCUUCAUCAAGAUCCAGAGAAGACAAAAGAAGAAAUUUUAUCUCUAAUCGCACAUCAUGUCACUGCCGUUAAUUAUAUUUAUAGAGAUACAAGAUUUGAUGGCAGGGAAGAACACAGAAAUAUUAAAUUUGAAGUUCAGAGAAUAAAGAUUGAUGACGAUUCGUCUUGUACACCAUCACACACUGCUUUUCGCACAACAUCUCGUACGACAUCUCGUUUAACAUCACGUACAACGCCUCCAAAUAAUUCGGAACAGAAUCAAUUUUGUAUGGAGAAUAUAGAUGUUAGCAAUUUUUUGAAUCUUCAUUCGUUGGGAAAUCAUGAGGAUUUUUGCUUGGCUUACGUUUUCACUUACAGAGAUUUUACUGGUGGUACCCUUGGUCUUGCGUGGGUAGCAUCAGCGUCUGGAGCUUCCGGUGGAAUCUGUGAAAGGUACAAGACCUACACAGAAACAGUUGGUGGAUCAUAUCAAUCCACUAAAAGAUCCCUUAAUACCGGGAUCAUUACUUUUGUUAAUUACAAUAGUCGAGUGCCUCCUAAAGUAUCUCAAUUGACUUUAGCCCACGAGAUUGGACAUAAUUUUGGCUCACCGCACGAUUUUCCACCAGAAUGCAGACCCGGUGGCCUUCAUGGAAAUUAUAUAAUGUUUGCCUCAGCAACGAGUGGUGAUCGUCCAAAUAAUAGUAAAUUUUCAAAGUGCAGUAUUGGAAAUAUCAGCAAUGUGCUAGAUGCAAUUGAUGACAAGAAGAAAAAGAAUUGUUUCUCAGCUUCCGCUGGUGCGUUUUGUGGUAACAAAAUUGUUGAGGCAGGCGAAGAAUGUGAUUGUGGCUACGAUGAUGGCGAGUGCAAGGAAAAGUGCUGUUAUCCACGAGUAUUGUCUGACUUGGAUAAACUAAACAGCGAUGCCAAAAGUUGCAAGAGAAGAGAAAAAACACAAUGCAGUCCCAGCCAAGGUCCUUGUUGCUCAAGCGAAACAUGCCAAUUUGUUCCACUCUCUCAUAGAGUUCAAUGUAAAGUGGAAUCAGACUGUAGCUACAAUUCCACCUGUAAUGGAAGAUCGCCUGAAUGCCCUGUACCAUUGCCUAAAGCCAAUAAAACGAGAUGUAACGAAGGAACUCAGUUAUGUAUUAAUGGAGAGUGCACUGGAUCGAUUUGUCUGGAAUGGAAUAUGACUGAGUGCUUUUUAACUAGUAACAUAAUUCCAAAUAUUGACAAAAGGAAACUAUGCGAGUUGGCAUGUCAAAAUGGAACCGACACUUCAACAUGCCGUAGUACCAGUGAAUUUGCUAAUGUUGUUGGAUUACCAGAUGGUGGAAUUAGUUUGAGGCCUGGUUCUCCGUGUGACAAUUUUCAGGGCUAUUGUGACGUAUUUUUAAAAUGUAGAGCAGUCGAUGCUGAAGGUCCACUUGCCAAGUUGAAAAAUCUACUUUUCAACAAAGAUACUCUGUCGACUGUUGCACAAUGGGUUACGGAAUAUUGGUGGGCUGUUGUAUUGAUGGGAAUAGCCUUUAUUAUUUUCAUGGGUUUCUUCAUAAAAUGUUGCGCUGUUCAUACUCCUUCGAAUAAUCCAAAGAAACCACCGGCUAGAAGAAUUAGCGAUACUUUAAGAAGGCCGAUGAACACUUUGAGACGCAUGCGACAUCCACAUGGCGGAGGUGCAGGUCCAAGAAGUGUUCCACCAAGGCAAGGAGGUCAAGGAACUCGAGGACCUUCUCAUGGUUACGGUGAAAGAAGAGGUGCUCAAUAUUAUCCUAAAGGAUAUCACUCGGUUCCCACAGCUAGUGCGUCACCAAGUAGCGGUCCAGCAGCCAACCACAGUCGUUCCAACCACCCCGAAUUGUACGCCGGCGCCUAUUCGGGCUCCGGGGGAGGCGGGAGGUCCUCAGCCUAUGAGAUGAGACAUCACAACAAGGUCUGAUGAAUAUAGACUGCUACUGUAAAAAAAAAAAAAGAAGAAAAAAUUUGAUAAUCAGCGUUGUGUAGCUUGAAGAACUAUAUAGUGACAUAAUUUGCCUCAGCAAAUUAUCUAGAAGCGACAAGAAAAUAUAUAUUAAAAGAUGAUCGCCAAUGAUCAAAGUCUAUACUUAUAUAUAUAUGAGGCAAGUAUUUUCUGUCAGUUAUAUUGUAAGGAUCUUUCUCAGUAGAUUUCAUGACUUCUGCAAUGAUCUAUUCCUUACGUUGUUGAAUCGUUCACGAAGACUACUUAAUCUCUUUAAUGAUUUUAAAAGACCAAAUGAAUGCUCGAUGAUCAAAAUCCGAAUAAAUGAAAUGAAAAAUUCAUUUCAAAAUGAUUCCAAAUCGCCAGGUAUUUUUUUUCUGGAGAUAUUCAUUUUUCUUCUUUUUUAAAUAAAUUUUUACUGCCGAAAAAAUUGUUUUCGAAUCUAAAAAUCCAAAAGAAAAUUUAUUUUCUUUUGUUAGAACAGUUUGAUUUAAUUUUAAGUCCCAUUUUGUGUAGAUAUUAAAACAUGAAAAUGAGAUUUAUAUUUUCAAGAAAAAAAUCCUCUUGCUUUACUAAAAAAAAAACACAAUAUUCUUGUAUAUAUUUAAUUUCUUAAUAUCAUUGAUUUCAAAAAGCGACGUUCUCGUUUUUUGUAAUCGCACUAAUUCAAGGCCAAGAUUUUUAUAGUUCUUAAUUUUAUGAUCUAUUCUCGGUGAUUGAAGUUUAGCUGUUAAAGAAUUGCUAAAAUGAAAUCUAAUUAUUAAUUCAUUAAAUAUUAAUGUAGAAGAAAAAUUUGUAGGUACCAAUUUUAAAAGAAUUUUUUUUUUUAUUUGAAUUUUACAUCUCUUUAUAUUGAUAUUUAACAAAUUAAAUUCUUUUCAUAAUUGGUAGAUUUUUUUUUUUUACUAGAAGGCAGAUUUCAUUGCAAAUAUCGACUGACUAUAAAGAAAUAUCUGGCUUUCAGCAUUACCAAAAUAUUUAAAGGUCAUUUGUUUGAUCUCUGUAACAUUAUAGUACGAGAUUCGCUGUAAUGUACAUCUUAUUCUUAUACUACAGUUUAUUAGCCAAUUGAUGCAAAAUUUCCUAAUGUUAAAUAGGGAAAAAAAGAUAUAAAUAAGAAAGAAAAUUUAUUACUACUAUUAUCUUGGUUCCAUGUAAAAAUAUCUUUUUAUUGAGUCAUCAAUAAUAAAUAUCGACUUGAGAGAAAAAUUAUUUUUAAAAGGAACCUUAAGGGUGUUCAAUAAACCAAUUUUUAGAAUGUUUUUUUUUAAAUCAGAUAAAUAGUUUUUUUCCAACGCUUUUUGCAAGAACCAUUCAUUUAUUUAUUAAACAAUAUUUGUUAUUUACUCAAUUAUCGAUAUUUUUGAUAAGUUUUAAUUCCUCAAUAAUUUUUACGUUUUGAAAUUAUUACAAUAAGAAAAAAAAAUGUAAAUUCGUUUUGUAAAAUGUAAUGAAGGCUCUUGCAAAAAAAUAUGUUUCAAUUUCUAAACUUGAAAUUAUACGAAUGGGUCGAACAGUCUUAAUGAUUCUGUGUUAAUGGUUGUGUUGAUUACGAUCAUUAUUGUAAUAUUAUUAAUUAGUUGAAUAUUAUUCGUGAUCAUAGAUUACGUUUAAUUUAAAGCAAAAAAAAAUUGUACAUUACAUAAUUUAAGCGAAACCUUUAUUUACCCUUUAAUAGGAAUUGUAGUGUUAAUUAUCAUUAAAAAAAAAGCGUCUGUCUGUUAUGUGAAAAAGUAGCUUAUUAAAAAAAAAAAGAGAUCGAUUGUCGAAAAAUCUACGAUGCGUCAGGAAAAAUGAACUAUGAAAUUAAUUUUAAGUAUGAUUGUGAAUCUUACGUUUAAAGUUUUUUUUAGGAAAAGUUUUCAUUCGUUAAAUUAUAAUAUAAAUGUAUUAUAAUUAUACGAUGUUUUGUAAAAAAGCAUUUAAAUUUAAGGCUGAUUGAACACAUCACGAUAAUUUUUCGCUUAAUGCCUUUUAUAGUUAUAUUAACUUCAAAUGGGCAAAUAAUAAAUUUUAUUAGUAGACUAAUUUAAAAUUGAAAAAAAUGCUCUCUUUUUAAUCAAUUAAAUAGUAUAAUUCAAAUCUUAAGUUUUUGAGAAAAAUAGAAAUGAAAAUUCUUAGUCUUCUUUUUAAUAUGAACAUUAACUCUGAAAAAUAUGAGUUUUAUUAAAUAUUUUUUAAACUUUAAGCACAAAUAAUGAAAGAAUCGAUUGUAUGAAUCGAACUUGAUUUCAAAUAAUUAUAUUCGUUGUUUUUCUAAAUAGAAAUGACGAUAUAGCUACGUUCCAGUUAUAUGAGACUUUGUCUAAACAGUAUUUUAUAUGAGAGAAUUAGAAAUUUCUUAUUAAAUGACUGAAUUUUUCUUAGGCGCACGUAUUUUAGUGUAUUUUGUAUAGAUGACAAAAAGAAAAAGGAGAAACGUGAUUUCUAAAAUAUUCUUUUCUUAUGAAUUUAUUGUCCUCUAUUAGAUAUAUUUAAUUUAAAAAAAAAGAAGUCGACACAGUUUUGAAUUAUUGUGUGUAACUAACUGAAAAUUUUGAGGACGUUUAUUAAAAAAAAAUAUUUGGAAAGAGAAGGGCCAAUCGAAAGUCGCAAUGAUUUGCGAAUUUGAAAGGGGAAAUGUACAAUAGACGCAAUGUGAUGAUUAUUGAAAAGAAUGUAAAAGAAUGAACGAACAAAAAGGUAUGAAUCGGAAGUAAUUUUGAAAAAGAGAUUUAAAGAAAAUGUGUGUGAAUACCAUUGUAAAUAAUUUAACAUAUAUAUAUAUAUAUAUAUUAUACAAUUACCAACGGUAUAGCGAAAAAAAAAUAUUUGUUUUAUAUCAAACCUGUAUUAUAGUCGACAUAUUAUUCUGUAUUUUGUAUUCAAGAUAAACAGAGAGAGUUGAACGCGAGUGUGAAUAGGUGAGAAAGCAAAUUGAAGCUUUUGAAAUAUUUUAAUGUGUCUCAAUUUCUGGCAGAUGCGUAAGAAUUGCGUUUCCUCAAUAACGAAUCAAUUUUCUUAAUUAACAAAUUCAUUUAUUUUGUUAUAUAGUUAAGAAAUUUAAACUAUGCAUCAGGUCCCGUUCAUUGCGAUCUCUGCGAGUUGAUUAAAAGAAAAAAACUUUAUUACUUUAAUUUAAAAAUUUCUAAAAUAGACAAGUAAAUGAUUUUGUUGAAACUCAAACAUUUUUUAUAUCAAGAGUACAAAAUUUUGUGCUUUUAGAAAAUAAUUGUUCGAUAUUAAUAGAUAAACUCAGAGGCGAUUAGUAAUUUUAAUUAAUUUUGUUAAAACAUUUUUGUAAAGUAACAUUUUUUAACAUUAUAUCAUUGUCAGAAACUGCCAAAGAGCUCAACGUAAUGAAAAGAAAAAAUAAUUAAAUGUUUAAAUUUAAUUAAAAAAUUAGAUGUUUUAAUUAUAUUAUCAAGAUAUUACAAAUUUCACUGCCAUUUACUUUGGUAAAGUUUUCAAUUAAAGGGUGAAUGGAUGGAAAAAAUCCAACGAAUCGCAAGAACGGGACCGUAAAUUGAUUAGUUUCAAUUAAUUAUUUGUUGCGUGAGAGGAAACCAAAAAAAAAAAAAAAUGCAUUUCCUAUUCUUAUAAUAAAUUCUUCAUCCCUAGAGGCUUAAUUCGGAGGUUCCUCUUUUAACAAUUUAUUUUUUAUGACAUAAAGUUAACUUUCCAUCCCGAAAAGUUAUUAAUUUUUCUUUAAAAAGCCAGGAAGAAGGAACGUUAUUUCAUUAAAAAAAAAACCUGAAGCAUAAUGUUCUAUCACAUGUAUAUAAUGUGUCAAGAAAGAUAAGAAACAAAAAAAAAAUUGAGAGUUAUAUUUUUUCUAUCAAUCCAAAAAUGUAAAAACACACGGUGACCUAUAUAUUAAAUUAUGAUUGAGCAUUUUUAACAUAAUUUCAACAACAUUUUAUCUUUUUUCCUCGUGAAUAACUAUGUCUACUUACAAUGCGAGAAUACUCUUUUAAAAAAAAGUUGCUUGGAUAUCAUAAACCACCAAGUGGCCUUUUUUACUUUCGACGAUUUUCAUUUUUAAUCAACGCUCAAUAGAGUUGAGAUUUCUUGUUUCAUUGUGUACCUAAAUAAAGUAAGAUACUGACCAAUCACCCGAAUGUAGCUUCAAAUUUUUCUCUUUUCAAAAAAAAAAAAAAAAACAAAAACAAAAAAAAAAUGUUAGGAUGUCGCGUGUAUUAUGAAUAUUAUUAUAAAUAAAAAUAAAUUAUAAUUGUGAAUAUCUCUUUUGUUAACGUUAAUGUGAUUCAAGAACGAAAAACACUACUGUAAAGAAUUAAAAUAAAACAUACAUUUUACACUUA